GCCAACUCAUUUCCAUAUAGUACAAGAUAGUUUAAAUUAAUCAUGUAUAAUCCCACCGUUUUUUUUUUUAUUUUAAAUUUUAUUUUCAACACUUUUUUGUGUUUUUGUUUGACAACUUUCUCCAUCCCAUAUUCCCAUUUCCCCCAUUUCUAUUACACAUUCCCUCUAUUUUCUCUCUCACAUAGUCACACAGUGAGCACACAGAACACAAACUCAGAGCUGUAGCAGCAGACAGACAGCACAACUUCCCCCCCUCACUUCCCAUAUAUAAAAACCCUAAUACUCUUUCUUCCCUCCUCUUUUUUCCCCUUUUUCUCUUUCCCUCCACCACCACCACCAUUACGGCCACCGUCGCCGGCGACGAACCCCUGCUUGUCAAUGCCUAACUCGUAAUUCUACUUGCCCACUUGCUCCCACAUUCGUCUUGAAGCUUUUUUUUUUAUAAAUGGGUCUCACUCACUCCGUACGAACUACAUUCCUCCUCUUCUUCCUACUCUUACUCCGCCGCGGCUCCUCCGCCACUUCCGACGAGGAAAUUGACGCAUUGCUGGAGUUCAGGAAAGGGAUUAAAUCAGACCCAUUGGGGAGAAUUUUCGGCUCAUGGAAGAGGUCUUCGGCGGUUCCAGAUCCGUCCGUUGGCGGCUCCUCCUCCGGCAACGCCACUUGUCCUGCCUUCUUCGGAGUUUCUUGCGACCCGUUUUCCAACGCCGUGACCGCCAUUCAGCUCGACGGCCUCGGCCUCUCCGGCGAGCUCAAGUUCGGUACACUUCUGCCGCUUAAGUACUUGCUCAACCUCACUCUUUCUGACAACUCCUUCACUGGCCGACUUGUUCCUUCACUGGGAGCUAUGACUUCUCUCCAACGGUUAGAUCUCUCCAAUAAUCAGUUCUACGGGCCAAUUCCGGACCGAAUUAACGAUCUCUGGGGGUUGAAUUAUCUCAAUUUGUCAAGGAAUAAUUUUACUGGAUGGUACCCAGGCAUUACUUAUAAUUUGAAUCAGCUGAAAGUUCUUGAUUUGCAUGGGAAUUCUCUCAAUGGGGAUAUUCAGGUGUUUCUUUCAGUGCUCAGGAAUGUGGAGCAUGUUGAUUUGAGUGGUAAUUUGUUCGCUGGGUCACUGACGUUGAGUGCGGACAACGUGUCUGCCUUGGCUAACACGGCGGAGUAUCUUAAUUUAAGCGGAAAUAAAUUGGUAGGUGGGUUUUUUGGAGCAGAUGCAAUGAUGCUAUUCAGGAAUUUAAGGGUUUUAGACCUGGGAGACAAUGAAAUUGAUGGGGAACUUCCAUCUGUGGGUGCAUUGCCUCGGCUUCAAGUUUUCAAAUUGGGAGGUAAUCAGUUUCAAGGACAGAUACCCGUGGAAUUCUUACAGGGGCAAGUCCCUUUGGAGGAAUUGGAUCUUAGUGGCAAUCAAUUUUCUGGUUCUAUUCCAGAAAUAAACUCAACAACAUUGACUACUUUGAAUCUUUCAUCAAAUUUAUUCUCUGGUUCACUUCCACCUUCUUUUGGAGAUUGUCAUGUGGUUGACUUAAGUAGAAACAUGCUAUCUGGUGACAUCGAAGCAAUGAAGAAUUGGGGAGACAAACUGGAAAUUUUGGAUUUGAGUUCGAAUUCUCUUAGUGGAAGUAUUCCCAACGUGACACAGUUUCAGGGAUUGACAUUGCUAAAUGUUAGAAACAAUUCUUUAGCAGGAAAUGUUCCCGAAGUACUUGGAAACUAUCCCAAACUCACUACCCUUGAUCUUAGUUCUAAUGACUUUGGUGGGCAGAUUCCUGGAUCUCUCUUUACUUCUAAGUCCUUGGUGAGCUUGAAUUUGUCUAGAAAUCAUUUGAAUGGAACAAUUCCAAUUGAUGGUUCUCGUGCGAGUGAAUUAUUGGUACUUUCUCCUUAUCCUCCAUUGGAGUCCCUUGAUCUUUCAGAUAAUUAUUUGACGGGAAACCUACCGUCUGAUGUUGGUAACCUCGGGAGACUUAAACUACUCAACCUUGCAAGGAAUCAAUUAUCUGGAAAGCUGCCCGAUGAAUUGGAUAAACUCAGUGGGCUGGAGUACCUUGAUCUUUCCAAUAACAAUCUCAAGGGUAAUAUUCCAAAUAAGCUUUCAUCCAGUCUUCAAGUAUUCAACGUGUCCAACAAUGCUCUAGAAGGCUCAGUACCAGACAAUUUGAAGCAUUUUCCAUAUUCGUCGUUCCAUCCUGGAAACGACUUGCUAUCUGGCGCCCCAGGAGCAUCAUCUCAGAAUCCUCAUGUCCCCAAUGGCAUCAAUGGUGGAGGACGUCACAGCUCAAAGUCUAAUGUAAAAAUAGCUAUUAUUGUUUCCUCAACUGUAGCUGCUGUCAUGAUUGCUUGCGUGUUACUGGCAUAUUACCGAGCUCGCAACUUCCACUCCCAAAGUGGAUUUAGUAGCCAAGCUGCUGGCCGGGAUGUUAGGCUGGGAAGAUUCUCACGACCGUCACUUUUCAAAUUCCAUGCACAGGAGCCCCCUCCAACAAAUUUAAGCUUUUCUCAUGAUCACUUGCUCCCUUCAAACUCAAAAUCCUUAUCAGGCCCUUUUGACUCAGGUACUGAAAUUGUGGAGCAUGGUUUGGCUGAGGGGUUGGCUUCUAUGAAUACCAACAUUCGGGAUACUCAUACUGUAGUAUCUGAUAGGAAGUCUCCUCCAGGUUCCCCAAUAGCUUCCUCACCCCGCUUUAUUGACACAUUGGAGCAACCUGUCACACUGGAUGUGUAUUCCCCUGAUCGAUUAGCAGGAGAACUGUUUUUUCUUGAUGCUUCCAUUACAUUCACAGCUGAGGAGUUGUCUCGGGCUCCUGCAGAGGUUCUUGGUAGAAGCAGCCAUGGCACACUAUAUAAAGCUACGCUCGCCAAUGGUCAUAUGCUGACAGUAAAAUGGUUGCGAGUAGGAUUGGUCAAAAAUAAGAAAGAUUUUGCAAAAGAGGUUAAAAAGAUUGGGUCGUUGAAGCAUCCGAAUGUUGUUUCUUUGAGAGCUUAUUACUGGGGGCCUAGGGAACAGGAGAGACUUGUCUUAGCAGAUUACAUACAUGGAGAUAGCUUAGCGCUACAUCUUUAUGAAACAACACCUAGGAGGUAUUCUCCGCUAUCAUUCAGUCAGCGGGUGAAGGUUGCUGUUGAUGUUGCAAGAUGUCUGAUGUAUCUUCAUGACAGAGGAAUGCCUCAUGGAAACUUGAAGCCAACGAAUGUUAUUUUGGAAGGCUCUAACUAUGAUGCUCGCCUGACAGAUUAUUGUCUUCACCGCCUGAUGACUCCAGCAGGUAUUGCUGAGCAGAUACUGAACCUAGGGGCCCUGGGAUAUCGUGCCCCAGAGCUUGCGAGUGCAUCAAAGCCUAUACCUUCAUUUAAGGCUGAUGUUUAUGCGCUCGGUGUGAUUCUCAUGGAAUUGUUGACGAGAAGAAGUGCUGGUGACAUCAUAUCAGGUCAAUCAGGAGCAGUUGAUCUAACAGACUGGGUUCGACUUUGUGACCAAGAAGGUCGAGGAAUGGACUGUAUUGAUAAAGACAUUGCUGCAGGAGAAGAGCAUUCAAAAGCAAUGGACGAUCUGCUCGCCAUAUCAUUAAGAUGCAUCCUUCCUGUAAAUGAAAGACCCAAUAUCAGACAAGUUUUCGAUGACCUCUGUUCCAUCUCUCUGUGAAGUUUGUACAUCUGUCGGAGUUAGAUCUUUCCCUUUGACCUGAUUGUUUAUUGUUUCUUCUCUUUUUUCUUUUUUCUUCUUCUUUUGCCUCCCUGAUUGAUUUAAUUGCCUGUGAAUCUGGGCAAUUUUUAGCUCCUGCCUCCUCCCUUCCCUGCAAUUUUUGUGUAAAGGGAUGAUUGGUCCAUUGAUUGAUUGAUCAUAUUCUUUAGUUUGAUUGUGAAUCCAUUGGAAGCUAUUUUUGUCAUCAUUUCUACUGACAAAUUAUAGCUCAACCUUUUGUAGGUUACUCACAGUGAAUAGUGAAAGUUUCAUGUCUUCUUCCUGCAAGUGAUCUGUUCCCCCUUUGAUGUGAAUUCUUCCUUUUUAACCAUUUUCGGGAAAUGCCAUCCUUUUAACCUUGUUUUCUAAGCGCAUUAUUCUUCCCUUUUUCUUUCAUUAAUUAAUUAAUCAAUUUGCAUUAAUGCCAAAUUUUCUUCAUUUACAGAUAUAUUAGUUUAUCCAUUGAUUAUUGAGUUAUUAAUUAUUUUAAAGAAUUGUUUUUU